AUGGUUAGCGAGCAAAGUUUAACGAUUUUUAAUAAGCGUUAUCGCAUGCAGAUUUUAGUGACAUUAACAGCACAUAUAAUAACUCUCUCCCAUGGUAUUGGCAUUGGUUGGUUGUCUCCAACCCUUUUAAUACUGCAAUCGCCGCAAACGCCGUUAGACUUUACUAUUGCCGUCGAUGACGUGUCUUGGAUUGGUUCAAUUUUUGGUCUGGGCUCACUUUGUAGCAAUAUAUUUUUUGGACUCGUCGCAGAUCGUUUUGGGAGGAAGACAAAUAUGUACCUUUUGGCCUUGCCGCACAUGCUAUUUUGGGUUCUUAACUUCUUUGCGCAAAGUGUCGAGUAUCUCUAUGUAUCGCGUUUCUGCGCGGGUCUAACCAGUGGUGGUCUUUAUGUGAUUGGACCUGUCUUCAUCAGUGAGAUAUCAAAUAAUGCAAUACGCGGCGCUCUCACUUCGCUUUCUAUGAUGUUUCUCAGCUGUGGUAUUCUUAUCGGAUACAUACUACCAUCCUAUCUCGAUUACCAUCUUAUACCAUGUCUCGUUAUUGUUCUAACGGUAAUUUAUAUCUUCGUAUUAAGACUUUUCCCGGAGACGCCAACGAGUCUUUUGCAACGACAGCAGUUGGAGGAAGCAGAAAAAGCUUUUAAUUUCUACAAUGCAAUAAAUAUGAAGAGCGCGCAGGAACCAUAUGCGAAUAAGUUGCAAUUCUCUUCAGCCAAAAGUGACUUUGAAGAGCUAAAAUCGUCCAAAAUUCAAGGAGGAGAAAAAUCGGCCAUUACACUUAGAGACUUUUGCAACAAAUCAGCUUUGCAGAAGUUCGCCAUCGCAUUUGUUCUCUGCAUACAGAAUCAAUUUUCUAGCAGCUUUGCUUUCGUCAAUUAUAUGUCUCACAUUUUUGCUGAAUCCGGUUCAACGUUAGAUCCAAAGCAGUGUACUAUCUUUGCGGGCGUAGUGCAAAUAAUGGGUACACUGUUGGCAUCCACUUUGGUAGAACGAUUUGGUCGUAAGACGCUAAUGUUGACCUCAACCGCUGGUAUGGCGCUGGGAAUGUUCGCUUUCGGUGCUUUUGUUCAAUUUACCGAUGAUGCAACAAAAGCCGAAUAUAAUUGGGUUCCACUGGCGGCGAUGGCGUUUGUUAUGGCCACCGCAUCGAUUGGUGUAAUCUCUUUAACAUUUACCAUAAUUGUUGAAAUAUUACCGGCAAAGAUUCGUCCUCAAGCUCAGUCGAUUGCAAUGAUGUUCUGUAGUAUUAUGGUCUUCAUCACUCUGAAGUUAUAUCCAUACUUUCUAUUCAACUUGGGAAUAUAUACAACAAUGUACUCCUGUGCUGGCUCAUGUGUGGUUACUGGAACCUAUUUGCUUAUAUUCAUGCCAGAGACGAAAGGCAAAUCGAUGGCUAAAGAUUAAUUAGUUCUGCUGUUUAUGUUUUGCGUACGAACGGUGUGAGAAUAUCCCUGAUAAGAUUAAAGUUUUACAUUUAGUAAAAUAGCUUAAAGUCGCUUAUAAGAAUUUAAUAUACCUCAUCUAUGACAUUUUUUUAGCUAGAGCGAAUAAUGGUUAUCACAGACUUUUUUUGUGAAAUUUUCUUGUAUCUAAGGUCUUCUAAAUUUAAUUUAUUAUAAAAAAAUUAUUGUAAACUACGAAGGAACAUUGUAUGUAAAUACAGCCCUAAUAUAUCAAGAUUUUUAUCAAGCAAGAAUUCGUUUGGUAUUCUGUGUCAAUCUUGAUAAAACAAAAAGCUUCAGUUUGUUGUGCUUUUCCCCACACGUGUAGUGAACAAUGAAAUAACAGAAACCAGCUGUUUUCCUAAAAUUACUUCUUUUAGAAUAAAAGAAAAAUAAAUAAACAAA